AUGCUUAGAAAUAGCAUCGUAAGAUUGUAUGAAUGCUUUACUUUCAUUGAAACAGUUGACCUGGAAAGAUUUGAAAUAUUUCUGAUACGGAAAAUACUAACAAAUUUAGUGAAAUACUUAGCUGCUUAUUUAUUGUUGGUUAACGCAGGUAACACCUCUCCAUCUGCCGCAGAUGUUAAAUCCGUCUUGGAAUCUGUUUCUAUCGAAGUUGAAGAAGACAAAAUCUCCAAGUUGUUGGAAGAAGUUGAAGGUAAGAACGUUGAAGAAUUGAUUGCUGAAGGUAACGCUAAGUUAUCCUCAGUUCCAUCUGGUGGUGCCGCUGCAUCUUCUGGUGGUGCAGCAGCAGCAUCUGGCGACGCUCCAGCUGAAGAAGCCAAGGAGGAAGAAGCUGCCGAGGAAUCUGAUGAUGACAUGGGUUUCGGUUUAUUCGAUUAA